AUGACGUAUCUACCUCUCCUUCUUCUCGCCCUUUUUCUCCAAGCCUCACGCGUAACCGCAACAUCUAUUGUCCCACACAUCCACUCCAACAACUGCGCCUGUAAACCCGGUAUGCCUCUCGGCACCGGUCUACCUGGUUCUCCCAACAUGACGAUACCAGCCUUUCCCGGUACGCCCCUCAAUACCAGUCUACCCGUUCCUCCCAGCAACACCAUACCAGUCCCACCGCGUCUAACCCCACCUCCCAAUAUCCCCAUACCAGGCUUACCCGACGCGCUAACAACGCUAGUCACCAGUAUCAUGGGGUCGAUGACGGUUUCGUUUAAGCCGUUUGGUUCGACAGCUGCAGUGUCAGCUCCAUCAGCGGCUCCCGGCACAGCAACAAUAACUAUCAAACCGGGCGACACGCUUGAAUCCAUAACCAAAGCGAAUAACGUGGGCAUAUGCGAUCUUGUAAAGGCGAAUGAGAUUGUAGAUCCGGAUAUGGUUCUUUCGGGGGAGACGCUGGUUGUACCGAACGAGAAGGGGGAUCCAGGGGACAUGAGUUGUUUGGUUCAUGAGUAUUGA